CUAGCCUUCAACCCUCACAAUGAACAAUUAAAAUGCCACUCUGCAUCUCCUACACCCCUCCCCAUACCAGCUCAUCACAAUGAAGUCUCUUGGCAUCCUUUCUUCGGCGCUCCUCGCCUCUGCAGCUCUGCACCCCAACCGACCAGCACACCAAGCCAUCCUCAAUGCGCCAUCUGGUAAAAGCGCCAUGAAACCCCCCGGCGUCGGCCACUUCAGCGAAUGGAGCCGAGAAACCAAAAAGCGCUUCCUGAUCGACUGGCAGGCAAGCAAAGAAUCAGAAUGGAUCUUAGUCCAAGGCAACGAAGGCGGCGACCUGGACAGUAUGACCAGCGCACUCACCUGGGCCUAUCAUCUCGAGCACUCAACGCAAAACACUUCCCGUCCACUUAAGGCCAUCGCGCUGCUUCAGACUUCCAUGGAUGCGCUGGACCUCCGCCCGGAGAAUAAAGUCGCGUUGCAGAAUUCCAAGAUGACGGAGGGUCAUGAGGAUUUGCUUACGAUGGACGAGCUGCCUGAGGACCCCGAGACGCUGAGUCCAAAGCUAAAGGGCAUUGUCUUGGUGGAUCAUGCCAGUCCGCUAAGGAAGUGGAGUAAGGCGAAGAUAUUGAGUAUUUUCGAUCACCAUGUUGAUCGCGGUGUUGCGCCGCACGCGAGCCCGCGCGUCUUUGAGAAGACGGCGAGUUGCUCGUCUAUCGUGGCGAGGCAGAUGCUGGAUGAAUUGGAGCAGCUGCCUGAGGAAUACCACAUGCCGCAUGAGCUUCUGGAAAUUAUCCUCGGCGCUAUCGCUAUUGAUUCCGGCGGUCUGAGGGACGCUACGGAAGCGGAUGUGCACACCGCGGAGCGCAUAUUGAAGCGGAGCAACUUCUCUGGCAGAGAGCUAGAAGACGUCAUGGAGGACCUCGACGACGAGUUGAGCGAGGCCAAGAAGGAUCUCGUCGACCUAGGCGUGCGCGAUCUGCUGCGCAGAGAUUGGAAAGGCGACCUUGUCGAUACUCCAUCCCCACGCACGCCCACCGUAAGCCUCGGCUUCGCAUCGAUUCCCUACUCCCUCGACGAGCAGAUCCAGCGCACCGGCUUCGGCGAGCUCUUCCACUGGUUUGCGAUCCACGCGGCUUGGACCGCCGCCACCGGCGUCGACAUCGACGUGUGUUUGAACAAGUACAAAACCCGCGACCAGAACGGCGAGAAGAGGAAGAUAAGAGAGAUUGUGCUUACCGUGAGGGACGAUGUGCGGAUCGACCAGGCGCAAGCAGAUUCGCUGUUUCGCGUUGUGUAUGAAGCGCUGGAGAAGGAGAAGAGUCUUGGGUUGAAGCCAUGGCAUAAAGCGCAUGAGCUUGCGGCGAGAGAGAUGGUGUGGUCCCAUGAAUCCGAUGCUGGCCGGAAAGUGAUUCGGCCUAUUGUUGAAGAUGCGGUGAGACAGUGGGAUAUGGCGAAGGCCCCUUGAUCGGGGUUUGAAGCGCUUCCGGAGGCCCUGAGCUACAUUGGGAGGGAGCCAUCAUUAUCAAACAGUUGACGUAGGUGGAUGGACCUGCGUCAAUGUUAGAGACCGCCUCCUCUCUUCAUGCUCGAAUUCCGAAUUUCAUAUCUGUAAGGGUUAGCGGGUUCGGAUACAUAGACAAGAUACCAUAAAAGCUCUAUCAUUUCAUGA